AUGGCCUUGUCAAGUAGCUUUUCCAUAUACAUCGCGAUCAUAUUAUGUCCAUUAUUUUGCCAUGCAGUGAUAUUCAACCCCCAGAAUGCGUUUCAGUCUCUCGAUAAUCAGAACACAUCUGUUCCCAUCAGCUUAAAGCCUCUGCUCAACAAUCGUGCAUUCGGCCUCAAGCCAAACGAGUCGAAUUUUGAUGGCUACGGAAAUGCAUACCCAGCCCAGCACCUCCCACCCUCCAGCUUCACCUACGGGGGUAUAACCUACAAUUUCCCCACCUACAACACAUCCGGCCCCGACAACGUCCUCGCGCAAGGUCAGAAAAUCACCAUCCGCAACUCCAAAUAUCUCAGCGUGCACAUGCUCGCAGCCUCCGAGUCCGGUAUGGCAUCCGGAACCAUCAACGCGACCUACGCGGACGGUAGCACCGCCUCUGCUCCCGUGCUCGUACCCGCGUGGUGGAGCUGGCCAUAUCCCGCCGGCGGAGAUCUGAUCUUUCCGUAUUUUCUGGGGAAUGAAUCGAUUGACUAUAACCGGUCGAAUAUCUUCCAUGCGGUCAAUUGGUUGGAUUCUUCGAAGGAGUUGGUCGCGCUGACUCUGCCAAAUGUGACGGGUGGGUCGGCGACUGAGCCUGGUGGGGAGGAUAUAGGGACACGACUGCAUGUUUUUGCUCUAUCUUUGUUGGCUUCUCGGGAUGAAGGGGAUGGCGAAGGUCUCAGGUUGAAGGUGCAGUAUGCGCGAUCGACCAGGAAAUGGAUAGAAGGGACCGAUCAGAUUCAGAUCGUUGAGGUGUUGGUUAACAAUGUGGGAGGGCAGUUCCUGCUGCGAAAUCAUUCGGUGAGUUUGAAAAUUGACUCGCCUGGUGUUCAGACUGUCUCCCCGGCACGGAUUAAGCGCCUUGCACCUGGUGAUCGGGUCAUUGUGGAGAUAGGCGUGAAGAAUAAGCCGGGUGUUAAACCUGGAAGUCAAGGACCAGCUAGUGUGGUGAUUUGGGGACACGGAGUGCAUGCUAGGAGGUAUACGUUCAACGCAACAUAUGGUAUUCCGGCCUAUGAACCAACAUACGAAUCUAUCUACGCACAUGAGUCGCCAAGCUGGUACAACAAUGCCAAAUAUGGGAUCUUUAUUCACUGGGGACCAUACUCCGUGCCUGGAUGGGGAAAUUCGGGAGAGAAUGAGAACUAUGCUGAAUGGUACUGGUGGAAUCUCAACGAGGGUCCAAACACAUCAGUUGCGACCUACGAGUACCAUUUAGACAAGUAUGGACCUAAUCUCGUUUACGACGACUUCAUCCAGAAUUUCACCGCAGAGGCAUGGGAUCCCAAAGAAUGGGUGGAUCUGUUUGCGGAUGCAGGCGCAAAUUACUUUGUUCAAGUGAGCAAGCAUCACGAUGGGUACGCCUUAUUCGAUCUUCCGGCGAAUGUCACGGAGCGCACUUCGGUGCUUAUGCCGCCGUAUCGAGACCUGAUCAAAGAGCUUUUCGAUGCCGCAUCGACAUACCAACCGCACCUUCAUCGAGCAGUAUACUACUCUUUACCAGAAUGGUUCCACCCAGACUACCAGAAAUACGGAUUUGGGUCCUGGCCAGGAGGCAACGCCACAAACCCCUUCACGAACGCCUCCCUCCCCUACGCCGGAUACGUCCCUCUAACCGACUAUAUCUCCGACAAGAUCCUCCCAGAGAUGCAAGCCCUCGCCAACCUCGGCACCGAAAUAAUGUGGUGCGACAUCGGCGGCCCAAACCGCACCACCGAGUUCGCAGCGCAAUGGUUCAACGCCGCCGCGCAAGCCAACAAACAGGUCGUCAUGAACGCGCGCUGCGGACUCCCAGGGGACUUUGACACGCCUGAAUAUGCGCGCUACGAGGCCGUGCAGACCCGAAAGUGGGAAACCUCCUUGGGCAUGGACCCGUAUAGCUACGGGUAUAACCGCGCGACGCCGCUAGCGCGAUACAUGAAUGCCAGCGCGAUCGUGACCAGCUUGGUGGAUAUUGUGAGUAAGAAUGGGAACUUUCUGCUGGAUAUCGGGCCGAUGGCGGAUGGGCGGAUCUUGGAUGUUGAGGCGAGGCAUCUGAGGGAGGCGGGGGAGUGGAUUGGAAGUCAUGGGGAGGCGGUGUUUAAUACGACUUAUUGGUUUGUGAGUCCUGAUGAGGGGGAGGUGAGGUUUACGACGACGUUGGAUGCGUUUUAUAUUGUUUCGUUGACGAGGCCGGUGGAUAGGUUGGUGCUGAGAUAUCCGGUGCCUUGGGUUGAAGGGGAUCGUGUCACGGUGGUUGGAGGGAGAAUGCAUGGGAAUGUGGUGCCUAGUAGAAGGAUGAAUGAUGGUAGCUUGUUCUUGGAGGUUAGCGAAGAGGUCGCGGAGGCAGAUCAGUAUGCAUGGGCGUUCAAGAUCGAGUACUGA